GGACAGCUAUAUUCAGUAGACAGAAACACGUGGAGUCCUUUUCCUCACUAGGUCUUGUUCUACAACGCGAGAACCAUGCCAAAGUCAAAGAGGGACAAGAAAAUUUCACUAACAAAAACAGCCAAGAAGGGUCUGGAAACAAAACAGAACUUAAUAGAAGAGUUGCGGAAAUGUGUGGAUAUGUAUAAGCACCUGUUCAUCUUCUCUGUGGCAAACAUGAGGAACAACAAAUUGAAAGACAUCAGGACAGCCUGGAAACACAGUCGAUUCUUUUUUGGCAAAAACAAAGUGAUGAUGAUCGCUAUAGGUAAAGGAUCAACAAGCGAGUACAAAGACAAUUUGCACAAGGUCAGCAGGUUUCUGAGAGGAGAAGUGGGUGUGUUAUUCACAAAUAAAACCAAAGAAGAGGUACAAGAGUAUUUCAGCCAGUUCAAAGAGAUCGAUUUUGCACGAUCAGGAAACAAGGCAGGGAUGGCCAUAACACUUGAUGAAGGACCCCUGGAACAGUUCCCUCACUCCAUGGAGCCACAGCUAAGACAGUUGGGUCUCCCCACAGCACUCAAGAAAGGAGUGGUGACGCUACUGAAAGACCAUGAAGUGUGCAAAGAGGGAGACACACUAACCCCUGAACAGGCCCGUAUUCUGAAACUCUUUGGGAUUGAGAUGGCUGAAUUCAGAGUGCAGAUCCAGUGCAUGUGGAACUCUGAAACGAGCGACUUUGAGAAGCUAUCUGAGGAAGAGGCCAUGCAGGAUAACGAUGACAAAGAGGAAGAAGGGAAUGGUUCUGGAUAGAGCAAUGGACUUCUCAGACUUAAUGUUUUUAAUACUGUGCCUUUUUUUUAGGUGACGUCAAAACAAACUACUUUAAAGUGUUUCCUAAUUGCAAUGUUACCCAUGGAAUUGUAUAUACAUUUUGUGCUUUAUACAUUUUUAUUGGUCCACUCAAAUACAACAGUACCAACCUACA